AUGCGGGGCUACUUUCUGCUCUCAUUACUGGUGUUUGGGUAUGCCAGCGCGGAGUUGAAAACCCUUGGGGUCCCAGGAUGGACGUGCGACCCGAGCGUGAUGACGCCGAGCGCCACCGUCCCCUCCAACGUCAACCAGGUGCGCAUCGCUGACAUCAAGGUCGUGGCCGCGCUCGGUGAUUCGUUAACGGCGGCAAAUGGCGCCGGCGCCCCGCCAAGCGACCCCCUCGCCAUCAUCCUGCAAUACCGAGGUCUCGCCUUCCAGGGUGGCGGCCAGACAAAUCUCUCGGAUCAGAUCACCAUUCCGAACAUCCUCAAGGCGUUUAACCCGUCGGUCUUCGGCUACGCCACCGGAACUGGGUCGGAGAACGUUUGGGAAAUCGCCCAUCUCAAUGGGGGUGUCCCUGGCGCGGAAAGCAGCGACCUCGUCGGCCAGGCCCAGCUUUUGGUCUCCAAAAUGAACAACCACCCAGAUGUCAACGUGAAAAACGACUGGAAGCUGAUCAACAUCUUCAUCGGUGCCAAUGACUUGUGCGCGUACUGUGACGAUCCGAACCAUUCCGUUAAUAGCGCCCACUCGCCUGAAAUGUUCCGCGACAACAUCAAGAAGGCCGUCCAGAUUCUGAAGGACCAUUUGCCAAGGUCCAUCAUCUCCCUAACUGGCAUGUUCAACAUGGGCAUGAUGCGCGUCGUGGAGCAGGGCGAAGUCUUCUGCCAGGCCCUUCAUCCGUUUGAAUGCCCCUGCGAGCCCGACAAGAAUUUCACCAACGCGGAGAUGGACGUCGUCUGCAAAAACUAUCAGCAAACCGAGCAACAACUCCAAGACACCGGCAUGUUCGAGGCCGACGACUUCACCCUGGUCAUCCAGCCCUUCUUCCGUGAUAUCCAUAAGCCACCGAUGAAGGACGGGAAGGUUGAUAUCACCUUCUUCGCCCCCGACUGCUUCCACUUUUCCAAGUUUGGGCACGCGGUGGUGGCGAAGAACCUGUGGAACACCAUCAUGCAACCCGUCGGGCAGAAGCAGACCCAAGUCGACUUGUCGGACGUGACCCCGAAUCUCACCUGCCCGCCGACGAGCUGUCCCUUCUUCCCGACCGUCAAAAACAGCCAGAAUUGCGCCAAGUUGUGGACGCCAAGCAUCGUCGAUCGUGCU